AUGGCUACGACCAGUCCAACCAACAAAACCCUAGCCGUGGUCGGCUCUGGAGCCAACACAGCUACAGGGAAUCUGAUCUACAUGCUUGGUGGCAUAGAUUUGCAAACUCUUGCGAAGCUGCAGGAAAAGGGCAUAGAUUCUUACGAAAAGGCUGCGCAAGAAUUAAGGGACACAAAUGAGGAGCUGUACUUCUACACCCCGCGACACAGGGUCACUAUCAAAGAUCGGAUUUCAUCUGCCGAUGGCCUUCUUCUCGUUGUAACGCCACCUCUUCAGGCAGCCGACGCAUUUUUCACUGGGGAUUUCGUCGAUGAGGUUAAGGGCUCAGAGUCGCUCUUCGCAAAGGGGAAGGCAAUAAUCCUGGUUAAGACUCCUGAAAACCACGACUGGUCGGAAAGUGUGUACAACGACUUAGUGCGAAGUAUAAGAACUGCGCUUCAACAUCUUGGCAUCUCGGCUGGAAGUACUCCUAUCGUUCCAAGUAACCUUCGAGGUGAGAAUUUUAUCGAACCGUCUCUCAAGACUCCUUGGUAUACCAACGUCACGCUGGUCACCGGUCUAGAUAAGAUUCUCUCAUAA